GACGUGUUGAGCAGUAUGUUCAGUUCAUCACGCAGGUUUCGAUACAUUUUUAGUGUCACUGUGCAUGUUGGCCCAAAUGUGUUCUCGAAAUAUUAAAUCCGUAUUGUCAAUUUCCUAGAGAGCAGACCAAGAAGUCAAAAAUGGCUGAGGUUCUCGGUAUUGCUUCUAGUAUUGCUGGCUUGGUAUCGCUAGCUGAUACGGUUGUUCGGCUGGGUUACAAAUAUAUCAGAGAUGUCAAAGAUGCCGAGGAAUCUGUUCAAAGUCUCGUUAAAGAAGUCAACAACCUUUCUGGCGUGCUUCACAGUCUUGAAAAUGUGGCACAGGCACUGGAAGCGCAGGAUACUUCGGUGCACAGCUCCAACAAGAUAAUUAAUCUACAUUCAUGUCAAAUAACUCUUGAGAAGAUUACAAAGCAGUUGGAGAAAGCUAUCCCAGAAGUAAAGUCAACAUCUCAGAAGUUGAAGUGGCCAUUCAAGAAGACAGCAAUUUCGGAGUUGUUGAAAGAGAUCCAGAAUCACAAAUCUACCAUGAUGAUGGCCUUAAAUACUCAACAAAUGUCUACCUUAAUUGAGAUACUUGCCAACCAAGAACAACUCAAUAAAGGCGUCGCUGCCAUAAAUGCAAAAAUGGAGGCUUCACGAAUAGAACUGCAAAGAUUGGCUGCGGACGAGAGUUUAAGGAAGAAGCUCAAUCUUCUAGGUACCAUCGAUGUCAUGAAAUGGCAAAACUCAAAUAUUAGAUUGAGACAACCUGGAACGGGCGUCUGGUUCACUGAGAGCAGGGACUUCAAGAACUGGGCGUCUGCAGACAAUUCAAAUUUAUGGGUCUAUGGAAUACCUGGAGCCGGAAAAACAGUUCUGAUGGCAUCUGUUAUACAAGAGAUUGAGAAAACCCAGGAUCCAUCUCACGGAGUUGCAAAAUUCUAUUGCGACUACAAGGACACCCAGACUCACGAUCCACGGACUAUUCUGGGGACUUUGGCACGACAACUGAUCCUUCAGCAUCACGAUGCUUUUACGCAACUGGAAUCUUUCUGCGAGAAGCAUCACAUGACGGAAAUCACCCAAGGGUCAGCUACCACUGACGACUUUUGCGAAUUUAUAGUCAAACUAUCAGGAAAUUUCUCCACUACCAGUAUCUUAGUAGAUGGCAUAGAUGAGAUUGCUGAAGAUCGCGCGGAAGUCACAAGACUUUUGAAGUCAUUGAACAAUCCAUCAGGAACAAUCAAAAUCCUCUUAGCGAGUCGCAAUGAGAUUGAUAUCAGAAAUGUAUUGGCAAAUUAUCCUUCUGUUUCUAUUGCGGCUAAGAGUGGCGACUUGCGGCUCUAUGUGCACUCUGAAAUCGAGAAGCGAACGAAAAUGGGUAAGCUUCGCAUUAGAGAUCAUAACCUAAAAGAUCAUAUUGUCAAAGUACUCACAGAGGGCGCUGAUGGCAUGUUUCGGUGGGUUGCGUGUCAAAUGGACUAUCUUUGCGAAUGCAGCACGGAUCGAGAUCGCCGUGAAGCCUUACGCACAUUACCCCCAGAUCUGCCCAAAUCAUACGAACGUAUUCUUGACAGGGUAAAUCGAAGCAGUAAAGAAAACCAAAUACUUGUCAGACAUACACUUCUUUGGGUUGUAUAUGCCGAAGAGUCGCUAACGAUAGCACAACUGCUCCAAGCGCUUGCAGUUAGACCAGGUGACGAGACUUUCGAGAAGGAAAACAUGACUACAUUGGACGAACUCCUCAACUGGUGUAGUAGUCUCAUACGCCAAAAGUCUCAAUCGGAUGAGCUAGAGCUUGCACACUUCACAGUGAAAGAAUAUCUCUUGAGCCUUUCUGAAGAAUGUGGUCCAAGUCUUUCACAGUAUAGACUUUCUGGAGAUCAUGUCGAGAUUGCGAGAGUUUGUUGCAACUUCUUGACUCUUUCGGAAUUCGACGGAACGCCGCUGCCAGUGACGGAUUUUGAUUCCGAGGCGACAGAUUUCGAUGAAAUAUGGAUGGAUUUCGAGGACAAAUACUCGUUCAUGAAAUAUGUUCUCCGAUUUUGGAUUGGUCAUAUCCAUCAGAGCAAUUGGAGCGCAAUUUCAAAUGAUGUGUUACUUCUGUUUGAUGAAACUAAAAGCAGUUACAGAUUAUGGACAUUUGGACGCUACCACUUCGAAAUUUUAUCUUGUUGCGCCGACACUGAUUUGUUAAAUUCUGACGAUCUUCUAGCAGCAGAUCACCUGAAUUGCGUGAUAGGGACAUCAAGACCUUCUGCUCUUCACUGGGCUGCUAUGAGUGCUUUGCCCGAUAUUUGCACCGCACUCAUCAAUCGUGGAGCUGAUGUAAGUGCGCUAAGCGUUGUUGGCAGUCCGAUUGAGUGUGCGAUACUGUACUAUAACGCAAUAUAUGAGGACCGAGAAAUAUUAUCUCAGGAGGUACUUGGAAAUACUAGAUAUUGGAGAUGGGAUUCAAGGAAGAAGGUCAUCAAACAUUUGAUCAUGGCCGGUGCAGCUCUCGACAAUAUCGAUAUCAUAGAACUCCUCUAUCGACACUCAAGUACAUUCUCAUAUUAUUCUGACGAGUCGGAUGCUGAUUUAUUUCGAGUCAUAUUCGAUAAGAAUCCAACUUUUUCCGUUGAGAGUCUAUUUGCAUUUUUCCAACACACUUUUCUCGAAAGAUAUGUGAGAGGUCAAGACUCAAAAAUACACUAUAAUAGUGCAAGCUUACCCGUCGAGUUCCUGGCUUGGGGGGCACGCACUAAUUUCGCACAUUUCGCACCGGCUACGUUGCCGUUAUUUCUUGCAAUUAUUCAUGAUGAUUUAGCUAUUUCAGACUACUCGCCGUCAAGCCUUCAAUUUUUUCUCGAUAUUGAUUUUCUUGGAAUAUCACAAAAUGACGGAAUGGACACAAGUCCUAUUUCACAAGAUCAUACCGAGCAUUGGAUAACGAAAAUGAGCACCUUGAUGUUUGAGUUCAUACAAAAUUCAAGAGUGAAUUCUUCAAACUACCUUGAAAAGAUAGUUUUAAGAUCGUUUUCCGUUGGAUUUAUAGACUAUGAUGAUGUGUUUGACUUUAUCUUUAGAUUGAGAAACAACAAUAUUGAGCUGGAUUUCAACUUGCAAAACGAAGUAGGGGACACGGUUCUUCAAGGAUUCAUGGAACUUAUCGGUAGCGGUUGGCGAAAUGUGCAUCAAAUAUUCUUGACAGCCGUUUUACAAUUUCAGGCCAAUUUGACUAUCUCAAACAACCUAAAUAUCACUCCAAUAGAGAUACUACUAUCUCGUACAGGAUCUUGCUUAGAUGAGAUGUUGUCCUUUGUCAAGAUAUGGCGAGCGGGAGAUAUUUCAAGUGCGUGUGAGAAGAAUCCCGAUCUGCUUGAAAGAUUGCUUGACGUAGCAAAGUCGCCCGACAUGUUGGAAUUAAUUUUGCGACUAUUGGCGAAGGACAUCGACAGACACACGCAGUCAACGCAAGAUCUGAUGGCUCGUUAUUGUACGGUAGAUUAUAUGAAAAAGCUUUUUAUCCUGCGCCUCAAAUAUGGGGCAAAGAACGAUCAUAUUUUAGCGCAUGAGGAGGAAAUCAGCGAUGAAGAAGGCAGCGACGAUCAAUUGUCUGUGGUAGGUGAACACGAAGCUUAUACCUCAACUGACGAGGAAGAAAAUGGCGAUAAUGCCCCAUCAAUCGACGACCUGACUAGAAGAGAAUCAUCCGAACACGCACGUUCAGUAACUAGGACAGAAAAAGUGCCUACAAACAAGACUUUAACGAAAAUUGGUGGAUCUUUAGCCGUAAAUGAAAAGACACAUUCCUCUCUACAUUUACUAUCAGGCAGCCAUGCCUCAGCAGAUUUCGGAAAGUUACGAUUAUUGUUAGCACAUAAUUCCGACUUGGAAAUUCGUAAUCACCAGAAUCUCACGCCGCUUGCCAUCGCCAUUCGAUCUAAGAAUUUGCGAGCCAUGUAUGCUUUACUCAUUUCGGGCGCAAGCACAGAAGCUCAUGUCGGACAAGGACAGACGUGCUUGCAUCUGGCCUGCUGUCUAGGAAAUAAAGAAGCUGCGUGGGCUCUGCUUCAUGCAGGUGCCAAUACUUCCCACAAAGAUCAUUAUGGAAGUACUGCGGAGGAACUUGCCACGCUCAUUGGGCGUUCUGACAUCGUCGACUUAUUCCCUAGGAGAGUUGACGAUGGCUCUCGGGCAGGAUCUCAACAUAGCGAAUAUUCCACCGAUAAAUCACCUGACGAGGAUUUGUCUAAUAGCGAAAAGUCUGAUAUCUCAGAUUCUGGUCAACUCUCCCCAUUAUCAACAGCCCAGGACCUUGCCUUGCGUCCUAAAUGAAGCCGAUCUAUCUCAACGCUUGGAAUGUGAACCAUUCUGAUUCACCAGCUGCAGCUAAGCACCAUUCAUGAUUGCCAUGGACUGAUAUUGUGAUUGUCUCUGACUUGGCUGUAUAUUGGAAAAAAAGAAAAAAUCUAGACACGCUGGUAUAAUAUAAAAUGAUGAUUACGUAGCGAACAUGUAGUUAAACCGUUUUGAAGAUAAUGAUGGAUCAAACUCCACAUUUGUACGGAAGAUUAUAAAAAAGAGAAAACA